AUCGUCCGCGAGAGCCUGCGCGAUGGAGAAGCGGAGCUGGAGUGGGAAACCGCCCUCGGCCGCGGCGCCUCAGCAGCCGCUGAUGAUGCCUCGGAAAGAGAGGAGGCCUAGCAUGUUCGAGAAGGAGGCAUAUGCACAGAUUUUAAAAGAAAGACUGAGAGAAUCAAUUCAUGAUGUUCAGUACGUAGAGCCACCAUUUGAUGACGCAAUUGCUGACAUAGGUAAAGAAUGGAAGAGUACCCUGGCCAAACUAAAGUUUGCUAAUUCAUAUAGAAUGGAGCCAUUGAAAAAAUUCCAGGCUUAUUCAGUAGAAGCGAAAGUCCAGCAGAUAUUAAAGACUGCCAGCAGAUGGAUCUGGGAUGUUGCGUGGGACAGCUGGGUUGCUGCGAAACACGAAACUGAAACUUACGUGGCAUUGGCCUUAGUAUUUGCUCUUUACUGUGAAUAGCUUGUUACAUGUACUAAAGAGUGUUUACUUCUCAACUUUUCAAAAAUACAUGAAAUUUAUAGAUUUGUGAACCUCAUAGUAGUUUUGAUUAGCUAUAUUUUUAUAUCUCCAAUUGAAGCUUCUUACUUGUAUUCUUUUAACAACAAAGUUAAAGCUGGAUUUCUACCUUUAUACUUACUAGUUAUCAUAUUUAUUAACAUUGUAUUACCCCGAAGUAUAAAAGUAUAAGAGGUAUAUGUAUAUGCCUUUUUCAUGUAUAUAUACGAAUACAUGAAUGCUUAUGAUGGAUUAUAAUAGGGGGGAAUUAUUUAUCAUCCUAGUUAGGUUUAAGAAAAUUAGAAUUUGCUACAGGAUAUUAUGAUGCAACCUUGUAAAAUGUCAAAUUAAGUAAAUGUUAAGAUAGAUUUUUGGAAAACUCCCAAAGGCAGAUAUUUUGAAUGGUAUCUUAAUAUACUACAUGCAUUCUUUUGAAAGAAGUCACCAAGUUUGAAAGAAAGAUGUUGAUAUAUUUAAUACUUCCCUAACACCUCUCCCUCCAAUCAAAACACUUCCAAGUGUGCAGUCUUUCUAUUUGCUAGUCCAUUAGUUAAGCUCUUUUUAGCUGCAAGAACCGAAAAACCUAACAUAAUUAUUUUUUAAAAAGAAGAAAAUUGUAUUUCUCAGGCAUUUGAUCAAGGAUCCGGGUUCUUUCUGUCAUCCUGCGCUCCCCUCAGAUUCUAUGUACACGAGUUUAACUUGGUAGAAUUAAACCAUGUUCUCAUGGCUUUAUCAUCAUGAUUCACUCCUUGAGCUGGGUUGGAGCUCACCUUCCCUGAAGCACACGGCCAUGUGGAGAAUGGACACCACUGUCAAUCGGGGCUUCUCCUGCAAGGAGGCAGGGGGUGGGCUUGGUGAGCCAAGUAGUAAUGUCUGUGAUAAUUCAUACUAUUUUCAAGUUAUAGUCAGAACUUGAAAACGCAUGCCA